AUGGCUUCCUUCGUUAGAAACUCGAUUUGGGCCAGAGUGUGCCCUGGCGAUCUUGUAUACGACAUAGAAUUUGAGUCUUUGUUGCUCACUCAUAUCGCAUUUUCGGGGAAACUGCUUUCCGCAAGCUCGUCCGUCACCAUUCAUUUCGUAGCAGAUUCUGGCGAGAAACGUAUUUGGGAUGUUGGCACCCUCUUAGCUCACGAGAGAGAGCACAUCGAAGUGUACUUCCCUUUCUUUAGCAAUAAGGUAUAUUCCGUUCAUGUUCAAGGACCUUCUGACAUUUGUCUCGCUGGUGUAAACCUCAAUGUCACGUCGAGUGACAUUAUCAGACACUGUGAACGAUGCGGGGGUUCGUGUGACCCCCAUCCAGUACCCACUUCGAGCAUCGUCGUGCCUGCCUCUCGUCGUGUCGUCAGAUGUCUGUGGUUCUCUGUGGCCUGUCGAGAACCGCGUAUAGUCGACGUUGAGACACAGCGACCGACAUCCGAAACGCACAACGUUGAUUGUCUGGCAACGGAGGAUUGGGUUCGGCCUCAGAAAUGGUACGGCGUUGUCCACGAUGCAACAGAGAAUCGUAUAGUUGUCGCGGUCGAUGCAGUGGCUUCGAAGGCGUGUGCUCACAAGACCAUGUAUACAUGUAUCUUUCGCCGACCACAUGAGCGCAACGGGGCUCUCAACACGGCCGUGAUGCAGUAUCUUCCUCCUUCCGAAGCAUGGUACGACAAUAUGCUUGUGGUGGCUCAAAAAGAGGAAGGCGGAUUACUGGACAUGAACCAUGACAUGCAGGUCGAAUUUUUGCUGGCUUUCACGAGGGCGAUGUCGAAGAUAACAAUAAACAGCUCAUUUCCUGUCGAAGCACCAGUGACUCCUUGCGUCCACGUACGCAUUCCUUCUGUGACAAGCGCAACUGACCACAAGGGCGAUUCUCGCUUGCCCAUCGAGCUCUGGGAAAAGGUGUUGGCCGAGGCGCCGAUGGCAACUUGGAUGGCUGCUAUCAAAGGGAAGGGUUUAUUGCGGCGUGCUGUCCAUCAACUGCUGCACCGUCAGGUGGUUUCCGGGCUUUCGAAGUUCUGGCCUACGGAGGCCCUGCCACGUCUCUUCCAAGCCUUGUCGGACGCCAAAGGGUUGAUAUUCGGAGACGUGCCCUUCAACAUUCUUUUCGGGCAAGCGCUAACAGUCGAUCGUCUGGAUAUCGCCGUACCCUUGGCUUCCUUCCGCGAGGUACACGCGCUCAUCUUGCUAUUCGGUUACGAUCUCGAGACGCGAAUUGAGGGGGGAGACGGUUGCGAGAAAGGAUGGGUCUUCAAACAUCAAAACGACGCGGUUUAUAUACAACUGUACGAGAGCUGGGGUCGCAGCUCUCUGAAUGUGCCGCUUCACUCGCGACGUACUUCGUCUAUGACUUUCUUAACCAACUCUUCCAUUUAUAGCUUCUACACGCCCUGGUCGGAAGCAGGCAUCAUAGGAGCAGGCAGACAAUCAUUCUCGAUUCCACGGACCACCUCCUUGCGCAGAAGUCUCGAUGGCGACAUCUUAGGAGAAUGCUGCGGCGUUUAUUGUUCCAGGAAACCUCGAUCGACGGCAUCCGGUAUCGGCGUCGAUGUGGUGACUUGGGGAGGGUUAGAUUUGAAACAGGAUCCAUGUCGUUGUGAAAAAAAUAUGUUCGCCCGGCCGAUGGCGUGGAUUCUGUCCUUACUGGGUGAAUGUCGCAACGUCGACUGCGGUUUCUACAACUCCAUUGUCGAUCCUUCUCCACCAAUGAGCCUCCCCACCGGUACUCUGGAGCAGCUCCUCGUGAAGGCCGAACAUCUUUUGUCGCAUAUCCCCUUGAUGCGACUGGUGGCUUAUGCAGAGCCGGGCCUUCACUUUGACAGAAAGGACCCAAAUUUGAGGGCCAGUUGCAUAUACGUGAAUCCGAUUGGAACAUCGUGGCGCGCUAACUACGUUGGGCGGAUCCUACCCGCAGCAAUGGGUUCUAAACAUAGCGCCCGGGGGGAUGAUAUGACCCGGCUCCCCGUGCGAAAGGGGAAAAAAAUCAAGGACAUGCUCGUCCUGGGACCUCCAGGCGACGAAGCUCCAUUCUUGAAUACCAUGUAUUCACACCAGAUUCAAACUCUCGAGGGCCUGGUACAAUCGCUUUGCCGGAGCUCAGGUCUCAUCCCCAGUCAGACUGGCCGAUAUCCCUUCCCUGGGACCAAUACAGACCUAUUGCACGUCAGGAUGCCUAGCAAAUAUGAGGAACUACCUUUCUUUGCACCGCCUGCUUCACCUUCAAACUCGGCGACAGUAUACACCGGAUACGAACGGUCGUUGUUGCCCGACUUCAAAAGCGAAGACUUUGAUGAUGGCGAGAGAAUGCUGGUUCAACUGCCAAUAUACGACGCGAAGAGACGGCUCGUACGACCCUGGGAGCAGUACGAUGCGUUGAGGCCUGGGACUAUCGUGCUGGUGACCGCAGAGUUGCAAGCACAUGUAAACGGCCCGUGCGUGACUUGGCUAUUCGCUAUGAACUACCUGCAAAUUUUGGUGCCAGCAGAUAUGCUAAGAGAGCAAUACGUUCAAGACUUUCCUUCGCGGGAGAAGCCAAGCGGCGGAGUGUGA